AUGACAACAGACCACGCACGUCAACUGCUUCAGCCCCUGGAAUCAAAGCGCUUCGGCCUUUCCUUUUGGCGCAAAGAGCUCCCCGGUGCUGUUCAGCUAGCCCUACUGCUAGCCGUAGAGCGGCAGCGCGGCGACCGGUCCUUCUGGGCACCAUACAUUCGCAGCCUUCCUGCCGCUGUGCCAUGCGCCUGGGCCCUCAGUGACCAAGACCUCAGGCUGGCGCUAGCGGCGGUGGGCCCAGGAGCUGAAGGCUGGGAGCAAGCCGUUUCCGUGGCGCGACGCGGUGUGUAUCAACGCGCGGAACAUGUUGUACAGCGAUACGGCAAGCACCUUCCCGUUGAGCUAUCCGUGGAUGACGUCACGUGGGCUCUGGGCCAGGUGUUCUCUCGGUCCUUUGGUCGUGACCCUGACAUCGCCUUGGCGCCGUACAUUGACCUCUGCAACCACCGGCAGGGCGCACCGCGCGCGGAUGGCUUCGUGGACGAGCUCGACGGCCUCUCGUACGCGUUCGUGAAGAGCAGCAGCUUCGGCGAGCCACGGGCUCUGGGCGCGGGAGAUGAGGUGUAUGUGUCGUACGUGGAGGCGGGAUGCGACCCGCUGGCCGCCUUUCUCAAUUUGGGUUUUGUGCCCCCGGAGAUGCUUUCUCUCCACAGAUGA